AUGGGGAAGGACCAGGAGCUGCUGGAAGCUGCCCGCACUGGAAAUGUGGCUCUGGUGGAGAAACUCCUGUCUGGCAGGAAAGGAGGGAUCCUGGGCGGCGGAUCCGGACCCCUGCCCCUGUCUAAUCUGCUAAGCAUCUGGCGAGGCCCCAAUGUGAACUGCACAGACAGUUCGGGUUACACUGCUUUACACCAUGCAGCCUUAAAUGGACAUAAGGACAUAGUUCUCAAACUACUUCAGUAUGAGGCAUCAACAAAUGUAGCAGACAACAAAGGUUAUUUUCCCAUUCACCUGGCUGCCUGGAAAGGAGAUGUAGAAAUUGUGAAGAUUCUUAUUCAUCAUGGACCGUCACAUUCUAGAGUCAAUGAACAGAACAAUGAAAAUGAAACUGCCCUACACUGUGCAGCUCAGUAUGGACACUCAGAAGUAGUUGCUGUUCUCCUAGAAGAGCUCACUGAUCCCACCAUCAGGAACAGUAAGCUGGAAACACCUUUGGACCUGGCAGCACUCUAUGGACGACUGAGGGUGGUCAAAAUGAUCAUCAGUGCACACCCUAACUUAAUGAGCUGCAACACUAGAAAGCACACACCACUACACCUUGCUGCUCGUAAUGGUCACAAAGCAGUUGUUCAGGUGCUCUUGGAAGCAGGAAUGGAUGUGAGCUGUCAAACAGAAAAGGGGAGUGCACUUCAUGAAGCAGCUUUAUUUGGAAAGGUGGAUGUUGUAAGAGUUCUGUUAGAAACAGGAAUUGAUGCCAAUAUAAAGGAUAGCUUAGGUAGAACUGUCUUAGACAUUCUGAAAGAACAUCCAUCUCAGAAAUCUCUCCAGAUUGCAACACUCUUACAAGAAUAUUUAGAAGGUGUGGGAAGAUCAGCAGCCCUUGAAGAACAUGUACAGGAAGAUACAACACAAGAAAUACAUAUUUCAUCUCCUGUUGAGUCUCCUUCCCAAAAGACUAAGAGUGAAACUGUGACUGGAGAAUUAUCAAAACUCUUGGAUGAAAUAAAACUCUGUCAAGAAAAGGAUUAUUCUUUUGAAGAUUUGUGCCACACAAUAUCAGACCACUACUUAGAUAAUUUGAGCAAGAUUUCAGAGGAAGAACUUGGGAAAAAUGGAAGCCAGAGUGUAAGGACUUCAUCUACAAUAAAUUUGUCACCAGGAGAAGUGGAAGAAGAAGAAGAUGAUGAAAACACUUGUGGGCCCUCAGGACUCUGGGAAGCAUUAACUCCCUGUAAUGGAUGUAGGAACCUUGGAUUCCCCAUUCUUGCACAGGAGUCCUAUCCAAAGAAGAGGAAUUACGCUAUGGAAAUUGUACCAUCUGCUUCUCUGGAUACAUUUCCUUCAGAAAAUGAGAACUUUCUAUGUGAUCUCACGGACAUAGCAGUUACAAAGAAACCUUGCUCCUUAGAAAUUGCAAGGGCCCCUUCUCCAAGAACUGAUAAUGCAUCUGAGGUAGCAAUUACUGCUCCAGGAAGUAGUAACCAUAGAAACAGCUCAACAGGCCCAACACCUGACUGCUCACCUCCAUCCCCUGACACUGCCCUCAAAAAUAUUGUAAAAGUUAUUCGACCCCAGCCUAAACAACGAACAUCUAUUGUGUCUUCUCUGGAUUUUCAUCGAAUGAAUCACAACCAAGAAUAUUUUGAAAUCAACACGUCUGCAGGGUGUGCAAGCUUUACUUCCAACCCUCCUGUUAGUCCACUUACCUCUUCUGUGGGAUCCACAGAAGUCACGAACGAUGGAACUAGCCAUGCAGAUGACCCUUCUCAACAGGAGGACAGUGAUCCUCCAAAAGAAUAUGAUCCUGGGCAAUUUGCAGGCCUUCUCCAUGGGUCUUCUCCAGCCUGUGAGUCCCCUGAAAAUCCGUUUCAUCUCUAUGGGAAAAGAGAUGAACACGAAGAAGGACAAGAUGAAGUCAGUUCGGCAAACAGUCCUUUGCCUUUCAAGAAGUCUCCAAUAGCAAAUAACUCAGAACCUUUGGUAAAGAAAAUUAAACCCAAAGUGGUCAGUAGAACAAUUUUUCACAAAAAAACCAACCAACUUGAAAACCAUACUAUUGUUGGUACAAGAACAACUAGAAGUGGAUCCCGGAAUGGGGACCAGUGGAUUGUGAACACGGGAGGAUUUGUGGAGAGAGCCUGUACCCUGGGAAGAAUAAGGUCAUUGCCAAAAGCCCUGAUUGACAUGCAUUUAUCAAAAACUGUCUCUAAAUCAGAUUCUGAUCUCAUUGCAUACCCUUCAAAUGAGAAAACACCAAGAGUUAACUGGAGUGAAUCUUCACCUGCUGAACAUAGUUCUAAAGGGAAUUCUGAAAGAACACCAUCCUUCACUUCUGAAUGGGAAGAAAUUGACAAAAUAAUGAAUUCCAUAGAUGUUGGAAUUAACAGUGGACUUGAAGAAAUGAAUGGUGAGGCCACAAGACCCAGAUGCCCCGUCCAAACAGUGGGACAAUGGUUGGAAAGCAUUGGGCUACCUCAGUACGAGAACCACCUGAUGGCUAAUGGAUUUGACAAUGUACAGUUUAUGGGAAGCAAUGUUAUGGAAGAUCAGGAUUUGUUGGAAAUUGGAAUUCUUAAUUCUGGGCACAGACAAAGAAUUCUACAGGCAAUCCAGCUCCUUCCAAAGAUGAGACCCAUUGGCCAUGAUGGCUAUCAUCCCACUUCUGUCGCUGAGUGGCUGGAUUCCAUUGAACUAGGUGAUUACACCAAAGCCUUUCUAAUCAAUGGCUACACAUCGAUGGACCUGUUGAAAAAAAUCUGGGAGGUUGAACUUAUUAACAAGACACAGACAAAAGAGAAGACACAGAGGAGAAAACCAUGUGAAUAUGAGUGUGAUGGUGCUAUGUCCCCCACGCUUUCCUGGUUUUUCACCUCAUGUUGCAAGGUGGCGACAGCAGCUCCAGGCAUUACACCUGCACACACAGAUGGGGGAAGAGGAAAGGGAGCAAUGAUAGACAUAUGUGUUCCCUUCUAUCAGGAAAUCAAAUGCUUUUCCAGAAACUUUACAGCAGAGUCAGGUUUACACCUCAAUGGCCAGACUGUGCCUGUGUCAGUGCCCAACUUUAAGGAGGCUAAGAAAGGAGUAAGAGUAGAUGGAGAGAAGGAACAGUCCAAGGACUGUACCUUGAGCCAUCCAAUAUUUAGAGGACAAAGGUAUGAGGAGGAAUUAGGGGAGGCAGAGAAAGAAGGGCUAGAGAAGUGGAAGGAAAACCAGGAAAGUAUGUUCUUGAAAAUCAAGGAGGGGGGACUCAGGUCAGUCCUGGAAACUGGAUUUAGCAGCGUGGAGGCCACUGGUCAUCUUGACAUGUCAGUGGCUGUGACACCUGAUUGGAAACAAGUUAGUGAGAGAAUUGGAGACCACAAGUACAGACUUGAGGAGUUUUCCUGUAAAGGGGGACAAAACUGGAUUGGAGUAAAAUGUGAUAUUUCAUCUUAA